AUGCACCUGCCCCUCCCCCGCCGCCCACGCAUCUGCUGCAAUCCUUCCCAGCUCCAGCUUCAUCUUCAAUCUUCCUUUUCAUCCCUAUCCUCAUCAGGAAGAAGUCCUCUCAUCUCUUCGUCUCCACGCCGAAACACCCACUGCGUCUGUGGUUGUCGCAACUCCGCCAUUUGCUCCUGCUCCUGCUGCGUUCAUCCAUCAUCUCCAGCCCCAUCAGCCAGAUCCCAUACCUCGUCAUCCCUAAGCCGAUCCGCUAUCCAGAUCUCGUCUCGACCAUUCUCAUCCACCGCACCGCACGCACUCGCCCGUACCCCAUCCACAAUGGCGCGGGAAUACAAGCUCAAGGAUAUCUCGUCCCUGGCGGACAUCAAGAACAUGGACAAGGUCGAGUCCGAAGUCGAAGGAAUCGAGGGGGGGAAGGUUCUCGUCGUCAGAGUCGGUGAUCAGGUCCAUGCGAUGGGCUCGAAGUGUACCCAUUACGGAGCGCCGAUGAAGCUGGGUGUGGUUUCGCCUGAUGGUCGGAUCACCUGCGCGUGGCAUGGAGCUUGCUUCAAUGUGGGCACUGGUGAUGUUGAAGAUGCCCCGGCUCCCAAUGCCUUGAACAAGUACGAGAUUGUGGAGAAGAAUGGAGCGGUUUAUAUCAAAGGCGAUGAGGCUGCAAUCAAAGCUGGUCAGAAAGACGCGGUCUUCAAAUGUAGUGUUGCUAGUCCGGAGAAAGUGGUUGUCGUCGGAGGUGGCAGCGGUACUCUCGGACUGAUCCAGGCGCUUCGCGAGUUGAAAUACAAAGGCGCCAUCACCAUCAUUUCCAGAGAACCAAACCUCAUCAUCGACAGAACCAAGUUAUCCAAGGCUCUCAUUCCUGACCCCGAAAAGGUUCAGUGGCGUCCCAAGGAAUGGUACGAGGCGGCCUCCAUCGACACUGUCUUCGACGAAGUGACUUCGGUCGACUUCAGCAACAAGACCGUGGCCACCAAGUCCGGCAAGUCCUUCCCCUACACCAAGCUGGUUCUUGCCACGGGAGGUGUGCCGCGUACCUUGCCACUGGAAGGAUUCAAGGACCUUGGCAACAUCUUCCUGCUCCGUUUCAUCACCGAUGUGCAGAACAUUCUCAAGGCGGUUGGCGACAAGAACAAGAAGAUAGUCGUUGUGGGCAGCUCCUUCAUCGGUAUGGAAGUCGGCAAUGCCCUCUCCAAGGAGAACGAGGUGACCAUUGUCGGCCAAGAAGAGGCUCCCAUGGAACGCAUCAUGGGCGUCGAAGUCGGCCAAAUCUUCCAGCGUAACUUGGAGAAAGCUGGGGUCAAGUUCAAGAUGUCUGCCGGGGUCGUCAAGGCGACUCCGUCGGACAGCGAUCCCAGCAAAGUCGGUGCCGUGCACCUCAAGGACGGCACCGUGCUGCCCGCAGAUUUGGUCAUUUUGGGCGUGGGCGUGCGACCAGCCACCGACUUCCUGCGGGACAACCCAGCCGUCAAGCUCGAGAAGGACGGGUCUAUCAAGACGGACGAUUACUUCGCCGUCCCUGGCCUGAACAACGACGUCUUCGCCAUCGGCGACAUCGCGACAUACCCCUACCACGGCCCGGGCACGGACCUAGAAAAGGGCACUUACACGCGCAUCGAACACUGGAACGUCGCCCAGAAUAGCGGGCGGGGUGUCGCGCGUGCCAUCGUCCACAGUCUCAGCACUGGCUCGCUGCAAUCCCUGCGGCCCAAGGCAUUCAUCCCCAUCUUCUGGUCCGCGCUGGGCGCGCAGCUGCGGUAUUGCGGGAACACCCACAACGGCUGGGAUGGCCUCGUCCUCAAGGGAGAGCCCAUGAAUGCCAAGUUCGCCGCCUACUAUUGCAAGGGCGAUACGGUCGUGGCGGUUGCCACGAUGGGCAUGGAUCCCAUUAUGAGCAAGUGCGCCGAGCUGAUGCGGCGAGGCAACAUGCCUGGCAAGAAAGAGAUUGAAGAGGGAGUGGACGUCUUGGAGGUCGAAGUGCCCCCGCAGGUCAAGAUGUCAUUACGGUAG